AGUUUCGUUCUGAGCGUUCGCGAAGUGUGGCAUAAAAUAAUAGUUCCGACGCAACAACACUUUUUCCUCUUCUUUAGUGUUCCUUUCCGGAAUAUUGAAUUGGCCCAUGACUUUUCGGAAACAACGAGUUCAUCUUGCAGUCUGCUGAAGAAUCACAUGUGAAAGAAGACAGCUGUCAAAAAAUGUUUCUUCACACAUGAUCGUACGUUAAAGCUCUUUUGAUGACAAACACGAGCAACUGAAAAUGGAAAAGCAAGUAGUGAAGGGUCAAAAUGGACUCUUGGCAUACCAUGGUCGGCCAUCAUUAUUCUAUCCUGCUGUUCGUGCUGAAAGUGAAGAUGAAGUGAUCCCAUACUCUGGUUUUCCAACUCGUUUAGCAAGUGGAUUAGGAACAGCCAAGUUUUUAUGUGGAGCAUGCUUAGCUCUCUUGGGGGGGAUGGCCGUUUAUGUGCAAGCUUGGUCCGCUUGGAUGUACGGCGGCAUAUGGAGUGGACUCUUUGCCAUUUUUACUGGAUUAUGCAUUAUUUUAACAGCUAGAAAGCAAAAGCCACAAAGAAAGUCUCUUCUGAUUGCAUUAUUAAUUCUUUCUGUGCUUGGUUUCUUCAACACUGGUCUUUUGGCCACAUUUACAGCUAUGGGACUAGUAGCCGAAGUAUACAUGGAAGAUGUAGCUGGAGCUUUAGUGUGGCGUGGUGUUGAAAAUGCAUCGCCAUUUGCAGUUCAGUUGUUGCUAUUAGCCACAGCUACAGCAGAUAGCUUACUGUCAUUAGCUUGCUGUGUCAUCAGUGGUCGUGAAGUAUGCUGUUGCGGAAGCCCAACCCCAGCAUUACUGACCAUACAUAGAAGGGACAGAUUAAUCAGCUGGUUGGGUUCCCAACAAGAAUCAGUUCCUUCCCAAAAAGUAUUAAACUUGCCACCGGUACAUUUGGUGCCUUCGGUGCGUCAUCAGCAACAACAACGACAAAGUCGCUCAAAGACUCCGUCUACUUUGAAAGUGUUUCCAGUGUCGGGAACAGACACUAACGAAUCGUUGCCAUCAUCAAGCGGGGGAACAUCGACAAAACUCAACAUGCCUUUAGUGAAGGCAGAUGAAUUAGGAAAACAUUCUUCGAAACAUCGCGGGGAACGUCGAGCGAAAAAGGAACGGCGUCCUGAUGCAGAACAAGGACAUGCCAACAAGAAUAGAAAAACAUCCGAGACAUUGCCAAAUGAUAUGAACAAUAUUAAACAAAAUGCUACGAACAUUGACGAAAAAUAUUUCGCUCUUGAUAAAAAAUUAUCGGAGGAUUUCAUUGACAGAACAUGGAACUUUGAAAAGCAUACUUGAAGUACUUAUUUUUCAGAGUUGUGUCAAUUAUGCAGUAAUGAAAAGAAAAGGAUAGUGCAAAAAACAUUGAUGAAAAUGUAAACGAUGGAGGAACGAAAAAAGUGUGUAGGUGAUAUCAUCAAUUCCAUCAUUUCUUUUUGAUGAUUAUCAGUGAUUAAAUUGAUAUCAUUUUGGAUGAAGUGAAAUGAUAAUACCUUAAUGAGAUAAGAAAAUACCCAGAUUCCAUAAAAGUGGCUAAGAGGUUACAAUUUUGUAGGUCACGUUUUAUGAAAUGCCAAUUCUUGUGCAGGGUACUGUAUUUUUUUUUCAUUAAAAAAAUGGAUACAUAAAUGAAAAAUGCUGGGAAGCCUAGUGCCUGUAAGCAGAACAUUAUUUGGCAUCCCAUCUUCACUCAUCAAAGCAUUUAUUUUAUACAACGCUACUGAAUGAAUGUCAUUUUUUUUUUUUUAACUCCUCAAAGGGGUAUUAAAACUUAUGAAAAGUCGUGAUAUGCACUUUUCUCUCCAAUAAUGUAAAUAUUAAUAAAAUCAUUUGUUU